AUGUCCUCAGAUAUAGCUAAGAGACAACGUACUGUGCCAUCGACCAAGGCUUACGACUUUGUUUGGCGAAGACCGGUCCCCACUGCGCUUCGAGAAGGCUCUUACUUCGACCGCUAUGAGGAGGAAACCGGAGCAUUGGAGCUCGGUUGCUUCUUGCGUGUGGAUGAAGAUGGUUUCUUCCUGUUCUGGAAAAGUGAAACUAAUGAGGGUCAGGUUCUAGAGCUUUCGCAGGUCAGCGAUGUCCGACAAGGCACAAAACCCAAGGAUGAAAAACUACUGGGAGUUUUAAUGGAGCGAAUGCCCUCGGGUGGGAAGAACUUGGACGAGCGCAUCGUGACAGUUUGCAGUGGACUAGAUUUGGUAAACAUCUCCUAUACCAACUUCGUGGCCGCCUCAGCAGAAGUUGCCUCGCUAUGGAUCCAGUCUGUGCGAGGUCUCACGCAUAAUACUAAAGCUCAAAAUGUUUGUCCAAUGACACAAUUGCGGAAACACUGGUUGCGGAUAACACUGACGGUGAAUCCUCGUGGCAAAAUCCCCGUUAGAGUGGUGACCAAGACCUUCGCCUCCGGUCGCAACGAACGCAUAAUCUUCCAGAGUCUUAAGGAUCUCGGUCUCCCUUCGGGAAAGAAUGAUGAAGUAGAGCCCUCGGACUUCACGUUCGAACGGUUCUACGAAUUGUAUCAUAAAAUCUGUCCCCGAACUGACAUUGAGGAGCUGUUCAAAUCACUAUCUCAUGGCAGGGACACAAUUACUGCCGACAAAAUGAUAGAGUUUUUGAAUGAGGUUCAACGUGAUCCUCGUUUAAACGAGAUUCUUUAUCCCUACGCAAAUCGCCACACGAUCCGAUAUAUUCAGGAGACAUAUGAUUCACGAGACAAAAGUAACAGUUCUGACACUGUGAGUCUGAAAGGCUUCUAUCGCUAUCUGAUGUCGGAUGACAAUGCCCCAGUUUUUCUCGAUCGACUAGAUAUAUAUCAGGAUAUGGACCAACCGUUGUGCCACUACUACAUCAAUUCCUCGCACAACACCUAUCUCAUUGGUAGACAAUUCGGUGGCAAGUCGUCGGUCGAGAUCUAUCGACAAGUACUUCUUGCUGGGUGUCGGUGUAUCGAACUUGACUGUUGGGACGGCAAGGGGGAGGAUCAAGAACCUAUCAUCACUCAUGGAAAAGCUAUGUGUUCUGACAUUCUUUUUAAGGAUGUGAUAUAUGCCGUCCGGGACACAGCUUUUGUGACUUCAGAAUAUCCUCUCAUUAUGUCUUUCGAAAAUCAUUGCAGCAAACACCAACAAUACAAGUUGGCGAAGUACUGCGAAGACAUCCUAGGUGACAUGCUGCUGACAAAGCCACUUGACAAACAUCCCCUUGAACCUGGUGUUCCCCUCCCAUCCCCUGAGAAACUCAAAAGGAAAAUUCUCAUCAAGAAUAAGCGCCUGGACCCUGAUGUCGAAAAGCACCAACUGGAAUUGUUCAUAAAAGGUCAAGCCGAUCCUGUGCAAGAAGAAGAUGAUGUGGCAGAAGAUCCCGAUCCCCUUGGCUCCACUGAUUGUGACGUCAGCCCCAUAAACGGUGAUAUAGAUCCUCAUCCGGAAACCAAAAUACGGCCCGGCUCGGGCCAAAUCAACGCCCUCUCUACUAGCAGUGCUUUUUCUUCCUCUCUGAUGGGCAAGCUCUCCGAAACUGAAAUGAAGCGAUUAAUAAUGAAAAAGGUAGCUCUUGUUAUUCUAUUUCUUCCCCUUAUUGAAAGUCAAACCUUGCUAAAGGGUACUCUAACUGCAGAAGAAGAGCAGGCCAUGCUGGCCCAGUACCAUUACACAGGUGCGACGAAGACAAUUCAUCCCCUUCUCUCCUCUAUGGUCAAUUAUGCCCAACCGGUCAAGUUUCAAGGCUUUGACAUCGCUGAAGAUGAGAACAUCCACUAUCACAUGUCCUCCUUUAGCGAGACGGUGGCUUUGGGUUUGAUGAAAAAUGAGGCCAUCGAAUUCGUAAAGUAUCCUUUUCUUCUUCGAGGUCUGCGUGAGAAUGCCUGUGAAGCAUGCUCCCCUCCUCAGCGUCUUGGAUUAAUGCUUAAUAUUUUUUGGAAUGCAGGAUGUCAAAUGGUCGCGCUCAACUUUCAAACGCCCGAUCUUGCCAUGCAACUGAAUCAAGGAAAGUUUGAAUACAAUGGCAAUUGCGGGUAUCUAUUGAAACCAGAGUUCAUGAGGCGUCCGGAGCGCCAGUUUGACCCCUUUUCGGAGUCCCCAAUGGACGGUGUGAUUGCGGCGACUUGCGAGGUGCGAAUAAUCUCGGGCCAAUUCCUCUCCGAUCGCAAAGUGGGCACCUACGUUGAGGUGGACAUGUACGGUCUGCCCACGGACACUAUUCGCAAGGAGUUCCGCACCCGUGUGGUACCCAACAAUGGCCUCAACCCCGUCUACGGCGAAGAUGCUGUCUUCGUCUUUAGAAAAGUGGUACUUCCGGACCUGGCGGUACUGCGCUUUGCGGUUUACGAGGACACCGGCAAGUUGAUUGGCCAGCGUGUACUACCACUUGAUGGCUUGCAGUCGGGCUAUCGGCACAUCUCUCUUCGAACUGAGGGCAACUUCCCUCUGUCCUUGCCUACUCUUUUUUGCCGUGUCUCCUUGACCACCUACGUUCCCGAAGGCCUUAACGAUCUUGUUGAUGCCCUCUCUGAUCCCCGAGCCUUCUUGAGCAAAGAGGAACAACGCAUGAAACAGCUUGCGAGUAUGGGCAUCGAUUCCUCUGAGAUUGAUGAGGUAUCCUCAUCCUCAACGAAACUGACCUCUAUGCUGAAGCAGCGGCCAGUGGGCAGCGGCCCCACUUUGAGCAGCACGACGUCGGGGGUGCCAACAGGUAGUGCGGGUUGUGCUAGCGCAGGCGGCGGUGGUGGUGGAGGUAGUAGCAGUAGUGGUGCGGGAGUUGGAUCGGCUUCGGGACUGUGCCUAUCUUGCCUCGGUCCCUCUGGCGACCCUCAUCGAUUGACCCCUGCCUCUGUUACUGGGGUCGCAGCCUCCACCGCCUACGGCUCUGGUACCGCUUGCAUCGCUGUUUCCACACCUGGACCCUCCGGAAACAGUACUAAAAAGGAGGAUAAGAAAGAAGAUCCCAAGUUCCCAUCAAUUUCCUUGGCAAUGCUCCGAAGUGACAAGAACUACCGGAGACUAGUGAAGAAGCAAGCUAAAGAAUUGGAGAGUCUUCAGCGAAGGCACGAAAAGGAAGCGGCUGCGAUGCUUCGAGCGCACUCACUCCUCACCGACAAACUGAAUGCCUCCCAUGCCAAGGCCAUUGCUUCCUCCACCUCGAGUCUACGUAGCACUCCCCAAAAAGUGAACGGAGUGGGAACACCCUUGAAGGAGGCGCACAUCGCACAAAUGAACGAUCUGGUACGUCAACAAACCGACGAGUGGAGCAAACUUAAGUGCACUCAAAUGAGCGAAAUUCACACCCUCGUCCUCACAUUCAUAGAUUCUCGAAAGGAUCUCCUCUUAAAGUCUCAGUUUCGCGACUGCAAGAAAUUCCUCAACGUUACAUUUUUAUGCCAUCGCAGGCAGGACUCCAGUCAGAUUCUCCGCGAUACGCACGAUGAGCAGAAGCGUUUGCUGAAACAGAUCCAGGAACGCGAGAACAAGGACAUGAAAGCACAACAGAUCAAGAUCUCCCUCGACUCCAACCGUAACGUUAUGAACGAUCCCAAGUUAAAGAACAAGGCGGAGCGUGACCGUCGGAUUCGCGAGCUAAAGGACUACAACACCAAGCGCUUUAUCGACCAGCGGAAGGCGCAGGCUCAGCGUAACGAUCGUCAGGCACAGGAUCUCCUUCGCCGCCACGAGGAGGAGGAGCAGGGUGUCAUUGCUGGUGUCAAUCGAGAACGCGACGAACUCAUUCGCAAUUAUCGAGAGGAAUUGUUGGCCAGCAAGCGUGCGACAAUGAUUUAG